UUCAAUUCAUUAUGUUUUUCUACGUUUAACCAGUCCACUUUUCUUUAGUUUCAUUUCAGCCCAGAUUCUGUGCACAGCAAAGUAGAGGAAAAUAGUGGUAUCGCAUUUUGUCAUCGAAAACGGGGUUUACUUUUUAUGCUAUUUACAGGCAUCUAUCAGCCUAAAAGAUGCUAAUUAAAUCAAUUGUCUUGGUAGUAUGCUUUGCUAUCCUGGCACAAGCGGAUUUGGUUAGAGUACAGUUACACAAGACUGAAAGCGCUCGACAGCACUUCCGAAAUGUGGACACCGAAAUCAGACAACUGCGUCUUAAGUACGAUGCUUUGUCCGGUCCAGUUCCAGAACCACUGUCCAAUUAUUUAGAUGCUCAAUAUUUCGGCGCAAUUACGAUCGGAACGCCACCCCAGAGUUUCAAAGUGGUGUUCGAUACCGGCUCUUCUAACCUUUGGGUGCCCUCGAAGGAAUGCUCUUUCACCAACAUCGCCUGUCUGAUGCACAAUAAAUACAAUGCCAAGAAGUCAUCGACAUUCGAGAAAAAUGGAACGGCUUUCCAUAUUCAAUAUGGAUCGGGCAGCCUUUCGGGUUAUCUGUCGACAGAUACUGUAGGACUGGGUGGUGUUUCAGUUGCGAAGCAAAUCUUUGCUGAAGCAAUAAAUGAACCCGGACUGGUGUUUGUGGCGGCGAAAUUUGAUGGAAUUCUAGGACUUGGGUACAGCUCGAUUUCGGUUGACGGAGUUGUUCCUGUUUUCUACAACAUGUUCAAUCAGGGAUUGAUCGAUUCUCCAGUCUUCUCCUUUUAUUUGAACCGUGACCCAAGCGUCGCUGAGGGUGGUGAAAUUAUUUUCGGUGGUUCAGAUUCAAAUAAGUACACCGGAGAUUUCACCUACUUGUCGGUAGAUCGCAAGGCCUACUGGCAGUUUAAAAUGGACUCGGUCAAAGUCGGAGAUGCUGAGUUUUGCAACAACGGAUGCGAAGCGAUUGCCGACACUGGAACCAGUCUGAUCGCUGGACCUGUCUCUGAGGUUACAGCCAUCAACAAGGCUAUCGGAGGUACGCCCAUUAUCAACGGAGAAUACAUGGUAGAUUGCAAUCUGAUUCCCAAGUUGCCAAAGAUUUCAUUCGUCUUGGGAGGAAAAUCUUUUGAACUGGAAGGCGCUGAUUAUGUGCUGCGAGUAGCUCAAAUGGGAAAGACAAUUUGCUUGUCUGGUUUUAUGGGCAUUGAUAUUCCCCCGCCGAAUGGACCGUUGUGGAUUCUGGGCGAUGUUUUCAUUGGAAAGUACUAUACCGAGUUCGAUAUGGGCAACGAUCGCGUUGGUUUCGCUACCGCCAUAUAAAUUGCUCCAAAAACAAUUCACACAGGUAGCAGGCUUUAAAUUUAUUUCUAAAUUCAGAAAUGUGCGUAAUGCGCUUCAGCCAAUAAGGUAAGCUUUGAUUGUAUUACAAAAGGAACAUUUGCGAAAAUAAAGUUGGUCUUCAAGUUGUUUGAGUAGACAUGAAUUGAA